UAAUAGUACGUAUAUAGACACGAGGAUUUAAUUGUAAAAAUUCAAACCCUUUUAGCCUCGACAGGUACAUGGAUCUUUAAGGUUCUCUCUCUAACAUACUAGAUUUCUGGGGAUUUUGGGAUCUUUUCUUUGGAGAGCCUUUCUUUUUCUUUUUUGUGUCAAUAAAAAGCAAAAAGAUGGGGACAGGGGAAGUCUCAGAUUCCAGCUCUGGGAAUCAAAAUGUGAGCAAUAACGACGAAAGCAAUGUGAUUUUGAAUGUCUAUGAUCUUACUCCUAUCAAUAACUACUCUUAUUGGGUUGGUUUCGGGAUUUUCCACUCCGGUAUUGAAGUUCAUGGUAAAGAAUAUGGGUUUGGGGCCCAUGAUUUUCCAGUUAGCGGAGUUUUUGAAGUGGAGCCAAAGUGCUGCCCUGGUUUUAGCUAUCGAUGUUCCAUCUCGUUGGGACACAUAAACAUGCCUUUCUCUGAAUUCAGAGUGUUUAUCGUGAGUUUAGCUUCUGAGUAUCAUGGAGAUACCUACCACCUCAUCUCCAAGAAUUGUAACCACUUUACAGAUGACAUGGCACAUAGAUUGACAGGCAAACAUAUCCCUGGAUGGGUGAACCGGCUGGCUCGGCUAGGUUCUUUAUGCAGCUGUCUGCUUCCUGAGAGCCUUCAAGUAACUACAGUGAAGCAAUUACCUGAGUACCACGAAAUCGAUGGGACUGAAUCUCUCUCAACUUUCACCCCCUGUUAUUCAACAGAAAUUGAUGAUACAGAUCAAGAGAAGCACUUGCUGUCACCAAAAGAUGGAAAUUUGGAUGUAGCUUUUGUUAAAGAAGCCCAAAACUGAAUGCAAGAUACCUUAAAAGAGGGGUUAUUAUGGCGGCCUUCACCAAGAAUACUUGGUUUGGAGGGAAGAACCAAACUGGAAGCUGAAGUGCUGAGCUUGUAUGCAUGCCUUUCGUUUGAAUGUUGGAAUUAUUUUCCAACAUUCUUUCCAAUUUUUGGGAGUCUUCAUUUUAUUUCUCCCUGUUUAUUAUUUAAGCAGAAGAGUUUGGAUAGUUUGUUCUCGAUGCUUUGUGCGAGUGGCUGAUUAAAUUAAACUUGUGGACGCCAAAUGGCAUUGCUGAUAAUUUUUAUUGUGCGCUUUUCUGACAGAAAGACAUCUCAGAACCGUACAAAAUCAGGUUUUUGUUGCAUAACAAUUGCCAACAGACAGAAGAAGAAGCUAGAAAUUUGUAGAGGCGCCAACUGGAUGAGUGUGGGUUCAAAUUAUUUUGGAUUUCGAGUUUGGACUGUCUGGGUUUGAGAUCUUUUGGGUUUCGGUCAGGUUCAAGAUCGAGCUAGUUGGUUUUUUUUUUAGAUUUUAUGAAAAAUAUAAUCACUUU